AUGGCGGACCCCACCAGCGACCAGAUACUACAAGUCUGCGAACUGACGCAGGUCGACGAGCUGAGUGCAAGGGUCCUACUCAGAAAAAGCAACAAUGAUGUCAACACGGCCGUGAAUGCCUUCUACGAGGAUCCUGUAGGGUCUGUUAAAGAUGCACUUCCUACGAAUGAGUGGCAGUAUCAGGACAACAUUCCAUUUGCCGAUGAUUCCAGUGCAGGAGGAAUGCCUGCCGUGGGCCGACCCCCUUCCAGGGUCGACAACACCCGACCUUUACUGGACCUCUCCGGUGAGCAUGCCAAAGCCUCCCAAAACACCGCGCACACCUUGAAAGAACAAGAGGAUAUGAAUGAUCAUGCCCUCCAACGCGCAAUGGCAGAAUCCCUACGGCAGAAUCUCCCGGCUCAGGAGAAUGGGGUCACCGGCACAGGCACUCAUUUCGGUCCCGCUGUUCGAGACUACUAUGAUCCAUCAAACUGGGCCAUGACAACCUUUUCCACCUCGCGCGAAGUCGUCGACCACCCACCGCCCUCGAAGCGACGGAGGGUAGGUGACGAGCCCGCCUUCUUGCGUGGCUCAAAGGAGACCGACUACCUGGGGCCCCUACUCACAAUCUAUCACAGCAUUCCUCUGGCGCGAGAAGCAUUGCUCAUGGCUAGCUUGAAAGUUCACAAUUAUGGCUACGAUGAGAACUGGUGGUCGGGCUCAACUAACGAAAACACCAAGGCUUUAGCGACCGACAGUACCCUACAAAUUGACAAGGAUGAGUGUAACCUUCUCGCGGAGGUGCAGUGCUUGAUGGCCUUCCUGGAUCACACGAAUCGGGCAUACGGCAGUGUCGACGCUCUUGCUGACCUGCAAGCGGUCCGAGGAACCCAAGGAGAAGUUUGCUACCUUCGUUGGUUGACAGCAUGGACAAACACCGCAUUACACCAGGCACCGCAGGAGCCACUGACGCAGGUCUUCACCACGACUGCCAUGAAGAACCCUGGCGUCAGUGACAGUCCUCCACAAGCAAGAUCGUUAUGCUAUGUCCAAGCCCCCACGAAUCGGUUCCCGGGCGAGACGAUUGUCCAUGUUCUUGAUCAAACUGUUUGGAAUGAUGAUAUGGGCAACCUUGACGACGUUUGGAUUGACCACUGUGCCGACGUCUUCACGGUACAAAUUCACGACCCUCAAAGCAGUGGCGAGGGUGGGCUUGACCUGACAGUUGACCCUUUAUGGUUCCCAGAUCGGUACAUGUACGAAUGCAGAGAAGUCAUGCAACGCAUCCGCAAGCAACUGCAGUUGGUACGCCGAGAGAUAGAGCAGUGCGCCAACAUCCAGCGUCGGUGCGAAGUCUACAAGCUCCCCGAUAACAGAGUCCUCAAGGUCCGAGAAGUUCUUGACGCUGCAGCGAAAACGGCGUCUAUCGCACAGGGCCAGGAAUCAGCGGCGAUUGGUCUUUCGACGGACCUGAUGUCUUCAAAAGCCAAUUCACUGGCCCAGACUGACGUGGAACAAAUCAGGUCGGAUCUGAACAACAUAGUGCAAAGGAUUGAGCAGAAGGUGCAAAGUUUGGAGCAAAGAAAAACCGAGCUCCUCGAGAAGAGUCGACAGAUUGCAUUACAGUUGACACACCCGACUCCUGAAAGCCCCAAUCUUCCCAACCGCAAAUAUACUCUGCAGGGCGUUUCCACCAAGUCGGACAUCGUCUACGUUCGCCUGCCCAACAAGGACCUGAUUCAACUCUCCGAAGACCAAGACUCUUCCGAUGCCGAAUAUCAAUGGUGGAGAUGCUCGUGGCAACAACAUUCAAACCAGAGCCUUUCUGCGUCGACUACAGUCAUGGGACCCGUAACACAGGCUCAGGCUGAUAGAGCACAGACGCAACAUGAUCAUGAUGAGGAUUCCUCUCAACCUUAUUCAGUCCGCCGGGUCAAUGAGGGCGAAGUCCUCGACGCCGCAAAGAAUGAACACAGCUCUGUACUUCUCGUCUACGCUAGUGAAAAUGCACUGCGCUUCAAGGGCAGCGACUUGAGCCGGCCGCUUAGGUUCUUUGUUGACCGAGACAACCAAUCCUUCGCCGAGGAACUGCGUCAAGAAGCAGACCCUAUGCCAGACGUUAUAGGUGGUGCGCCGGUCGAGCCUGAUUUCGAGGACGUGCCCUUGAUAGACCAGACAGGAUACAGUAGCUCAACCCGAGAGUUCACUCCCAUGUCUACGUCAACUCCCGGCAGGGACGAAGAUGGACAGCCUUCUCCAAAACGAGUGCGAGAGGAUCUUGGUAACCCUACUUUUGCCGAACAGCCUCCCUCGUAUGAGGAAAGCGUGGGCAAGCCGGAAAUGCAAGAGAAAGGAGGCAGCAAGAUCGGCUUAUAUGCCGAGCAGCUGCUCCAGAAGUACGGAAGCGACGGCAAUCCAGGAACGACGGGGUAA